AUGCAUCUUCAGGAUCCAGAAAGAUAUGCUCCUCGUGGAGAAUCCAAGCAUGCACAGAAUGAGGUGACAGCCGACCAGAUCAGCGAAGAAGUUCCCAACGAGGAUGCACAAGCUGGUGUCACACAGGCCGAGGCCAUUACACUAUCGUGGACGAAGAGCUCCAUGAUCGCAACUUAUGCACUGAUGUGGUCUAUCUACUGCGUCAACGCUUUCCAGUCAAACAUCACUUCCAACCUCUCGCCAUAUAUCACCUCCGGAUUCGAAGCGCACUCGUUGCUGCCCGUUAUCUCCAUCAUCUCCUCCAUCAUGGGAGCCGCGACCUACAUGCCUCUUGCCAAAGUGCUCAACCUGUGGGAUCGUACCGUCGGUCUUCUGCUUAUGCUUGUGUUCUUCCUUCUUGGAUUGAUUUUGUCGGCAACUUGCAACGGCAUUGGAACCUACUGUGCGGCUCAGGUCUUCUAUGCUAUUGGAUCUGCUGGUCUCAUCUUCUGCGUUGACGUCGUUACCAUUGAUACUUCGACACUGCGCAGCAGAGGUCUGGCUUAUGCUCUCACUUCGUCUCCGUUCAUUAUCACUGCGUAUGCUGGACCUGCUGCCGCAGAGCAGUUUUACGCAACCAACUGGCGCUGGGGAUACGGAACUUUCUGUAUCGUUCUUCCCUGCGUUGUCCUUCCAUUCUUCGGCCUACUACGCUACUUCCGCUCCAAGGCUAAGAAGAAUGGUCUGCUCAAGCCGAAGGCCGCAAGUGGCAGAACCUUCAAGCAAAGUGUUUGGUACUACAUCAUCGAAUUUGAUGUGCUCGGUGUCUUCCUUUUGACUGCUGGUCUCGCCCUCUUUCUGCUUCCGUUCACCAUCGCAGGCUCGGCGGAAGAUGAUUGGAAAACUCCCCACAUCAUUGUCAUGCUUGUCAUCGGUUUCUGCUGUCUAAUUGCUUUUGCUCUGGCAGAGCGCUUCCUAGCUCCCGUGCCUUUCCUGCCCUGGGAACUUCUCACCAACAGAACUGUCAUAGGGGCUUGUUUGAUUGAUGCCACUUAUCAGAUCUCCUACUACUGUUGGAACGACUAUUUCACUUCCUACCUUCAGGUCGUGUUCGGAACUAGUAUUUCUACCGCUGGUUACAUUGGCAGUAUUUUCGACGUUGUAUCAGGUGUAUGGCUCUUCUGCGUUGGCUUCGCCAUCAAGGGCACUCGUCGCUUCCGUUGGCUGCUCUGGAUUGCUGUACCUCUUUACAUCCUCGGUAUUGGAUUGAUGAUCUAUUUCCGCAAGCCUGAUUUCUCUGUCGGUUACACGAUCAUGUGCCAGAUCUUCAUCGCUUUUGCUGGUGGUACCAUGAUUAUCUGCCAACAAGUCGCCGUUCUCUCGGCAUCUGACCACAACAAUGCUGCUGCAGCUCUUGCUUUCCUCAACGUCUUUGGUAACAUUGGUGGUGGUAUUGGCGGUAGUAUCUCUGGUGCCGUUUGGCAACACACUUUGCCUAGUGCAUUGCAGAAGUAUCUGCCUGCUGAUGCACUGGCUGAUUGGGAAACCAUUUACGAGGAUCUUGACACCCAGCUCAGCUACGCCAUGGGUGAUCCAGUUCGUGAUGCCAUCAUCAAGGCUUACGCAGUCGCUCAGAGCAGAAUGUUGAUUGCUGGUACUUGCAUCAUGGCAACCUCUCUUGUUUGGAUGUUCAUCAUCAAGGACGUCAAGCUCACAAAGACUCAGACUAAAGGGGUGUUGUUCUAG